GUGACUGUGUUUUGACCUUUAAAACAAAUACAUUUCAAGGAUACAUACAUAUAUUUCAUGCUGUGAUGGAUACACUCAUUUAAAGAAGUGGAGAAUGAUGGACGCGUUUGGGUUCCUACUUUUACCGCAAACCAUGAGACAAAGAGGAUGGGAGACAUGGCGACAGCGACCACAUUUGCUCGCCGUUCUGGUUUUGCUUUUAUUUUUCAGAGCAGCAUCGGCACAGUUGAGAUACUCUAUAUCUGAAGAGCUCAAAGAAGGAAGUUUUGUUGGGAAUAUAGCUAAAGAUUUGGGAAUUGACCGGAAUUUGAUGAAGCCGAGGGGAUUUCGUAUUAUGUCCGGCUCGACUGAAUCUCUUUUCAUAGUAAAUGAGAAUGACGGGGUUCUUUAUGCGAACCAGAAAAUAGACCGAGAGGAAGUAUGUAAGGAGAGCAGUGUAUGUUUAAUUAACAUUAAAACUGUACUCGAAAACCCACUGGAAGUACAUUAUGUCACCGUGGAGAUCACAGAUUUGAACGACCACUCUCCCACAUUUCCAGAAAAAACAAAGAGGCUAGAGAUUUCAGAAUCUGCGUUGCCAGGAGCACGAUAUCAGUUGCAAAAUGCUCACGACCCAGAUGGUGGCGCAAACUCUGUCCAGCAGUAUAAAAUCAGUCAGAAUGACCAUUUUCGUUUAGAGAUUAAAGAUCGCGGGAGAGAUGGUAAAACUCCAAUUUUACAAUUACAGAGACAGCUCGACAGAGAGGCCAAAAGUAAUCAUAAACUGGUGCUGACGGCUAUAGAUGGAGGAAAUCCCCCAAAGACAGGCACAGUUGAAAUAUACAUAGAUGUUCUUGAUGUUAAUGACAAUAUGCCAGUGUUCACCAAAGACACAUACUCAGCCGUGCUACAAGAGAACGCUCCAAUCGGCACAACAGUCAUACAAGUUAAUGCAACAGAUCUGGACGACGGUGCCAAUGGGGAAGUUGUUUAUUCAUUUGGCAGUGAUGUAAAAGGCAAAAUUCGAGAGCUCUUUGAUAUCGACUCUGUUACUGGGGAGAUAAUUGUUAAAGGUCGUGUGGACUUUGAGGAGCAAGACAGUUAUGACAUUGAUAUACAGGCCUCUGAUAAGGGAACUAUUCCAUUCAGAACAGAUAAGAGUGUUAUCAUUAAAAUUGGAGACACGAACGAUAAUCCUCCUGAGAUAGAAGUGGCUUCCUUGUCAAGUGCCGUUUCAGAGGACUCUAGACCGGGGACAACCGUAGCGCUAAUAAGCAUUACUGAUUUAGACUCUGGGAUCAAUGGCAAAAUAAUCAGCUAUGUCGCAGAAGAGAGCCCUUUUACAUUAACUCCGUCAAUACAAGAUAACAUGUUUGCUGUUGUCACUAAGUCACAACUGGACAGGGAACAACAAUCAAGAUAUGAUAUUACAGUAAUCGCUAAAGACGCAGGUGAACCAGCCUUAACAUCCGAAAAGACUAUAAGCGUUUUUGUGUCAGAUACGAAUGACAACAGUCCCAAGUUUUCAACGAGCCCCUAUACUUUCUACAUCUCGGAAAAUAACCCCCCAGGAGCCUCUAUAUUUUCUGUAAGAGCGUCUGAUCGUGACGAGGCGGAUAAUGCGCUCAUUUCGUAUCAUAUUCUCAGGAACACAGGUUAUGAAAAUAAAGUGACUUCAUUUCUAAACAUCAACUCUGAAAAUGGAGAUAUUUUGGCGCUAAAAAGUUUUGACUUUGAAACUCUGAAAACGUUCCAGUUCCAAGUUGUUGCCUCAGAUUCUGGAACACCAUCCCUAACGUCUGACAAAACUAUAAACAUUGUUGUAUCAGACGUGAAUGACAACAGCCCAGUGUUUUUACAGAACCCGUAUACUUUCUACAUAACUGAAAAUAACAACCCGGGAGCGUCUAUUUUGUCGGUGACAGCCCGUGAUGAUGACGAGGGAAAGGGACAGUCAGGAAACAGCUUCGCUCUUCACAGGACAGACGAGGGCCGAGCAUAA